AUGCUUUUAGAAAGUUCUUUUUUAUUGGUAUUAACACAAUCCAUGAAUCUACCAGCCUUGGUUUUAUCUCCUUAUAGUGCCCAAUUGGGUGUAUUUUCUUAUUUGUUUGCACUUGUAGCCAUUACAGAUUUAAUUCCACUACUAGAAAGAAACUAUAUGUUUUUUGAAUCAAUAGUUCCAUUCAGACUAAUGAUAUUUUUUUUGGUUACUGCAACCUCAUUUGUAAUGAAAGAUAAUCUGUAUCUUCAUAACAAUGUUGUUUUCGUUUAUGGGUUCGUUGAGAUUUGGUUAAAUUUUUUGGCUUUCAGUGCUUUAAGAGAAGAGAAAAAUGAAAGGUUUGCUAAUGAAAAAAGAAUUAUAGCUGCUGACUACUUAUCUGAAGAAACCAAUGACACUGAAGAAGUUAGUACAGGUUUAGAAGGUGAAUACGAGGAAGAAUUUGAACAAUUGGAAACCAUCGCAGAAGAAGAGGAAGAAUUAUAA